AUGCUUGGCCGUUUGCAGAUACGGAUAACGGGGGAUGGUGAAGUGGAAGUAGACUAUGGACUCAACAACCCGGUUUCUGUGCAAACUAUCUGGGAAUCUCAACAAGCCAGGAGAAUUUUGAACGAGCAACGUUCCGAAGCCCUUGGAUCCAUGAGUCUCGGCACUUUCUCCGCGACAGAAGGUCCCCAAGAUAUAGGAAUAACGGUCAAAAACCACUCCUGCGAAGAAAGCGAUCUCCAAUAUGUGAUCUUGGUUCAAUUCCUGGCGGACAUUCCAGACCCAGAUCUGUUGAAAAUCACAGCCCGCCUCUUCACGGCAUAUCUCCUUUCCAUGCUUGACUCGAAGAAGACCGUGCGGUUUGACUUCAGAAUUUCUGGUGCAAGCCUAUCCUCUAUACUACCAUUCCCUAACAAUAUCACUGUGGGUGCCUUGUAUAGCUUGGAAGACGGAUCAAAGCGUCGAGUCCAACCCUUGCAGCCGCGUGACAUUGGAAAGCUUCCCUACGGCACAUGCGAGGAAUUCGCUGUAAUCCUUGACAAACCGGCAUUUAUCACAGAGCCAGGCGCCCUUUUCCUCAUGAAAAAUAUCAGGCUAGAUUACGUGAGCGAUCGUACAAUGCAGAUCGCUGAGGUUCGACGUAGUGCUGGGAUGUCGGAAGUGACAAGAAGGCUUACUAUGCUUGCAUUAGAGGAGAAGCGUGGGUGA